UUUCCGCAUCCACUGUUUAUUUAUGUCUUCUAUUUCUAUUGUGAUUGUCUAAGUGUCUAGAAACUCUAGAUCUAGAUAUUCUAGCUUUAAAUUAAGCCUGUUUAGAUUUAUUGCAAUUACGUUAUUUCCCUGUGAUUAAAGGACGAAAUUAUAGGCGUCUGAUCAAAAUAUAGAGUUACACCUUGUCAUAAGCACACAGCCCAGUGUCUGGAAAUUUGAAGUAAAGCAUGGUACAAUGAAUCAAUUUAGGAUGCCCACCCUUGAUCCAGAAGAGUUGGAGAACUCAGUUCGAAUCCGAGUUGGCUACGAUGGGAAUAUUUUGAUAACCAACAUAAAGAAUGAUGUGAAGUAUUCCGAUUUCUGUGCUGAGAUAAAAGAUAUUUGCAAGUUUGUUGAAAAUCAGCCAUUCACUGUUAAAUGGCUUGAUGAAGAAGGUGACCCUUGCACAAUAUCAUCACAAAUUGAGUUAAAUGAAGCGAUUAGGCUGUAUGAAGUAAACAAAGAUUCAGAACUAAAUAUUCAUGUCUUUCCCAACGUUCCAGUGCGUCCUGGUCUACCAUGCGUCGGAGAAGACAGAAAUAUGUACAGAAGAGGUGCAAGAAGGUGGCGAAAACUCUACAGAGUCAAUGGACAUUUGUUUCAAGCUAAAAGGUUCUCUAGGAAAGCAGCUUGUGCAUUUUGUCAGGAUAGGAUCUGGGGUCUUGGCCGACAAGGUUUUAAAUGCAUCAACUGUCGAGUCACUGUCCACAAGAGAUGCCAUAAACUUUAUAAAAAAAUUUGUGGGACUGUUGAGGUUGUGGAACCUCACACACCUAACCACAAUGGGGAUACAGGAGCCGUUGGACAAUCUAAAUCCGCUAAUGGAGAUCCAAAAUAUUCUAGGCCUAACCUUCCUGUGGAAUAUGGAAAAGAGGAAAUGAGAGUUGAGGCAAUGGAUGAGGCUAGCAAAGCUGCAGAGGCUGAAAGUGAAGAAGAGGAUGAUGAUGAGGAGGAAGAUGAAGAUGAGGACCAUUUUCAUGAUGCAGAGUCUAGCUGGACAGCAAAAGUUGAGUCCAAUCCUGGGAACCCUGAUAGUGGGCAACUAACUCUGGAUCACUUUCAGCUGUUGAGGGUUAUAGGUCGUGGUAGCUAUGCCAAAGUACUGCAAGUAGAACACAAGAAGACUAAAAGAAUUUAUGCAAUGAAAGUCAUUAAGAAGGAAUUGGUUAAUGAUGAUGAGGAUAUAGACUGGGUGCAGACUGAAAAACAUGUGUUUGAAGCUGCAACCAAUUAUCCAUUCCUUGUGGGACUGCACUCUUGUUUUCAAACUGCUAGCAGACUUUUCUUUGUGAUUGAGUUUGUGAACGGGGGAGACCUAAUGUUCCACAUGCAGAGACAGAGGCGCCUGCCAGAGGAGCAUGCCAGAUUCUAUGCUGCUGAGAUCUGUCUGGCUCUCAAUUUCCUGCAUGAGAGAGGCAUUGUGUAUAGAGAUCUGAAACUGGACAAUGUCCUGCUGGACGCUGAGGGACACAUCAAGCUGACAGACUACGGCAUGUGUAAAGAAGGUCUGAAACCAGGGGACACAACUGGAACCUUUUGUGGUACACCCAACUACAUAGCUCCAGAAAUUUUGAGAGGAGAAGAGUAUGAUUUUAGUGUGGACUGGUGGGCCCUUGGAGUCCUGAUGUACGAGAUGUUGGCUGGUCGGUCGCCGUUUGAUGCCGUAGGGAAUGCUGACAAUCCAGAUCAAAACACAGAGGAUUAUUUAUUUCAGAUUAUUUUGGAGAAACCCAUUAGAAUACCCAGAUCUUUGUCUGUGAAAGCUGCUUCAUUGCUUAAAGGUUUCUUGAAUAAAGCUCCUGCUGAAAGACUUGGUUGCCACCCACAAACCGGAUUUUCGGAUAUACAAUCACAUCCAUUCUUCCGAACGAUUGACUGGGAUCUGCUAGAGCAGAAACAGAUUAUUCCCCCUUACAAACCUCACAUUCGCCACGAGCGUGACCUAGAACACUUUGACCCAGCUUUUACUAACGAACCUGUGCGACUGACCCCUGAUGACCCAAAAACCAUAAGUGAUAUUGAUCAAUCAGAGUUUGAUGGCUUUGAAUACGUCAACCCGCUACUGAUGUCCAUGGAGGACUGUGUAUAAGAUCUGAACCCUUGUUCUUCCCUAAGCUGUUUACUUCCUUGAGCCUGCUUCACACACCAAAUAUACUGCAAAUCAAAGAACUUUUUAAUUUCAGUCUAGAAACAUAGUAAAAUGUUGUUACUCACAUAGCUAUUGUUUUAUCUCUCAAUGAGUUUUAAUCAAUUUCUUCAAUUUUAGGUGAUGAUAAAGCCUUUUUUAUUUUCACUUGAUUCAAGUAAACCAUUUUGUAGAAAAACUAAUUACAUUAGUCAAUUUUGAUUAUACCUGGUUUAUUUUCCAUAUUAUUAAUCCCCCACAUUUAGUAUGAAUUAAGCUUUAAUUAUUGAUUCCAAAAUUACAACUUUGAGAUUUCUAAAGAUAUUUACUUUAGGACUUCAUGUUCUAAUUUUAGUAAUGGAAAAUUUAUCUCAUUUAUCAAUUAUGUUUGUACAAAAUUAAUGUUAGAAUAAGUGAUAAAAUUUGCAAAUACAAAUUUUUUUAAGAAAACAUUUUUUUUCCUACCUCUAAUUACCUGAUCAUGAAGGUUAAAUAAAUUAUUGAACCUGCUUACUUCCCCUAUUUAAUUUUUAUUUAUAUAUAUCUUGAAUGCAUUUAUUCACCAUUUAAAAUUAUGUUGCCAAUUUAGACAUAUUUUAUUGUAUGUAAGUUAGUGGUAAAAAAAUAUUGCUGUCAGAUAUCAUCUCAGUUUUUAGCAGAUUAGACUUAGCAUUCCACUUUUUAAACUUGACACAAUUUUUCAAACAACUCAUCUUAUGUAUAUUUUUUUUAAUUAAUUUUCUAGAAGAAAUAAUGCAUGUUAACAUACAUAGGUGAUUCUUGUCAAGCAUUUCCAUAAAUUUAUUCUUUAAAUUGUCACCUUCAGACUACUGUGUUUUGACUACCGUCAUCGCACAUUAGAGUAACACCUUGUAUGUUUAAAGAUUUCUUUCAUUCUAUCACAUUCCUUAGUAUACAAAGACCAACACAUUUUUAUUUCAGAAUUCUUUAAAAACUUUGUAGUCAUUUUCCUAACAAAAACUGUUCUUAACUUUUACAAAACUGAAUUUAUAGUAUACAGUUACAAGAGCAAUUUGAAAUGCAUCCAAAUGUAAAUUAUUCAUAUAUUUUAUAAAUUAAGUUUACUUUUUAUAAAGGAUAUGUUUUUUUAUUGUAUUUCCAAAAAACUAUGUAUAAAUUUGAUUCUUCCCUAAAAACAUGUGUAAAGGUUAUUGUUUAUUUUCAGUUAACAAUAUUAAAAAUGCCUAUUUUAGAUGUUAAAUAACAUGUAACAUAGCCCUAUCUUUGGAUUUCAUUAGAACAAACAAAUCAGAACAGAUCACUUUUUACUGAACUAGUAUCUAGUACUUCAGAAUUUACUUUUGAAAAUGUAAUGUAAAAUUUAUCCAUUUACACUGUGUAAACUGCUCAUUAGCAGUUAAAAAUUUCCUUGGUUGUGGUUGUGUUCUUUUUUUAAAAAAAAAAUCCAUUAUCUUUAAAAUGGCAUUGAAUUUUUGCACUGCUAGCUUUUACACUGGUUUGCUUUAGUUUAUAAAUUGUUGAUUUGUGUUUGAUGGUGUUAGCUAGGUUUUUUUUUUCUUUGUAGACCAAGUUAUCCUUGCUUUCUGAUUUUGUCAGUUUCAGUUUUUAAAAACAAUAGUUACAGAAACAAAAAAAUUUCUUUUUUAACGAUGUAUGGAAUAAUUUUUUGCAGUUCCUUUCUUAACGCUAAAUCUUGCUAUUACAACAUAGUAAUGACAAUUGAAAAAAAUAAUUGUUAGAUCAACAGCCAGAUUUUUUUUGUGGCAGUGAUUGCAAAAUUUAGUUUGUUUAUAAUUUUGGUUGUGAAAUUAUUAAUUUUUUUUGUUGUUGUGGCUAUGUGAAAAAUUUAUUAAAUAUUAAAAAAUCUAAUUUUAUUUUACUUUUCCUGAUAUCCUUUAGGAAAUAUUAAUCAACAUAGUUUUAACAAUUUAAAGUAAUCACUGCAGAUUCUAAAUAGAAAUGUGUACAUAUAUCCACUGUAUAAAAUGGAAAAAGAUAAUCUUUAAGUUUCGUUGUCUGUUUGUUAAUAAAAUAGUUGUAAAGAAAUGCGUAUACACACUGCAAUGUGCCCUUUGUUUUAUGAAACAUGCACACAUGUAAAUAAGUUAAAUAGGAAUUCAGUCUUUCUUGUUUUGUUACAACAUUAUAUAAAAUCCUAGAUAUAUUUAUCUUUUAAUUAAAAUAAUAAUAUACAGAUACCUUUUUUUAGGUUUUCCUAAUUCAUUUUUAGUGUAGCAUUUUAGGAUUUUGCUUUUUGUCAGCUUUACUAACAAGGUGCCGUCUAAAUUUUGUGCUUAGAAAUG